AUGGGUGUUAUGUUUAGUAGUCCCAAUAAUUUAUGUUGUUGUGGGUUUGCAUGGGGUUCUUCAUCCAGCGAUCCAGAUGAAGAAGCAUUGUUAAGAAACCAACCAUAUGGGUACGGUACGACAAGUAAUGGUGCCAAUGGGCCGUAUGAUGCGGUUCAAGAACAAUUAAAAGAGCAUGAAAGACGGCUACAAGCUAGAGACCAGGAACUGCGUGGAAUUGUAGCUAGUACCAAUGACAAGUUAAUAGAUAUAUCUAUGAUUAGUAAUAGCGGGAUAGUGGUCCAAAAGAGUGAUCUAUAUACAGAAGAUAUGGAUGAAGAAGAGAAUGACGAUGAUAAUAGUGAUGAUGAUAAUGAAGAAGAUGACAAUGACAAUGACAAUGACAGCAACAACGGUGGUGAUGACCCAAAUACUACAAAUCUAAUCGUACAAGAACACCAAGGGGUAGGAUCCGAUACUGCUGAUAAUUCAAGUAAUAACAAUUGUAAUAGUAAAUUAGAGGUUAGUACAGAAAGUGAUACAGUGCCAAAUUUUACCAUUUUGACUGAAGAAGAAGUGACGCCAGAGAUGAAACAAACUUUAACAGAGAUCCAUGAGAUCAUAAUGGACCGAAUAAUAAAACAAAUCGCAAUAGAAGCGCCUCAGGACCUAAUAGUCGCCUUUUGA